CGAGUAAAUUUUUUAAUAAAUAACCUUCACGCCUCUUCAUAUUAACACCAUUAGUAUUUUUUGUUUUAGUCCAUUCAAAGCGGUCUGGGACUGGAUUAUAUUGCUGCUUGUUAUAUACACGGCAGUAUUCACACCGUACGUUGCGGCCUUUCUUCUCAGAGAAUUACAAGAUACCUCACGUAAGGCUCGAUUUACGGAGCCGUUGGAAAUCGUCGAUUUGAUAGUGGAUAUUAUGUUUAUAGUGGACAUUAUUAUUAAUUUUCGCACUACGUACGUCAAUGAGAAUGAUGAGUACUACCGUAACCUACAGCAAUCCCAGGUAGUGUCACACCCGGGUAAAAUAGCCAUCCACUAUUUCAAAGGAUGGUUCGUCAUAGAUAUGAUAGCUGCCGUGCCAUUCGAUCUGUUAUUAGUGAACACAAACAGCGAUGAAACUACCACGCUUAUUGGUCUACUGAAAACUGCUCGAUUAUUACGGUUAGUGCGGGUAGCAAGAAAAUUAGAUAGGUAUUCCGAAUACGGUGCUGCCGUGUUGUUACUAUUAAUGGCGACGUUCGCCCUUAUUGCUCAUUGGUUAGCGUGCAUUUGGUACGCGAUAGGAAGCGCCGAACUGCCACAUAAGCGUGAAAUCACGUGGUUACAUCAAUUAUGUAAGUUUCUAGCUCGUUUCCUUAUUUUAUUAUUGAAAAUAAACUAG